AUAUUUUACGCGAAGACGAAGAGAGCUGAGGUGUAUAUGUAUUUUGGUUCGGCAAUUUUGCUAUGGUGUAACGUAAAAUGUGUGCAAACGAGACAAAUUUACUACACCAAAAACUUCUCAAAGUUUAACGUGAUUGUGAUCUAUUCAAGUGAUUAAGUUACCUGCUUCUUAUUUUUUUUUGACGGGAAAGCCAUCAACAUGCAUCAGUACUACCUUUCAGUGAUAUUUGUAAGGUUGGUGCUACCAGCAGGGCUUCUACUAGCCAUUGCCCUGCGACCGUUUGGAUUGUCAUUAAUAUACUUGCUGCUGUAUUUAAUAGCACCGCUAGCACAAGUACCCGACACCAAGACAUAUUCCGGAUGGCGGGGCAGGUUCCUAGUGCUGAAUUUCGUCGUAUCAUUGUUGGUGCUGUUGACACACGCGGCAUGGCACAGCGUGCUGGCGGCGUUCAGUCCGUACGGCUCGCUGCUGGACAAGCUACCGCUGCUCAAAGACAUCGGCUACAACCUUGGCCUUGUCUCCUUCGCCGACAUCGAACCUCUCAUGGCAGUACACUAUGUCGCACCAGAGUUGGUCGCAACUGGGUCAUCGCUGACAGUGUACCUGGUUGUCCGACGUCUGCUCACCGUGACCAACCCGGAUGAGCUGCCGAGGAAGGACUCCAAGCACCAGCGGUAUCCAUUGCUUACCAGUGCAGGCAAGUACAUAGCGCUGUUCCUGAUAAUGUUCUCUGGAAUAAUGCGGCCGAGUGUGACGUCGGGCAUUUACUUUCUGAUGUUCAUGAGCGCGGCGACAGCGUGGUCACUGGGCCGGCCACUGGAACGCGGCUUUGCGGUCGUCAGCCGCUGCCUCAUGGCUAUCAUGGCCGCGCACAUCACAAUCCUACUCGUCUAUCAAUGCUCUUGGAUCAUUAAUAUUUACCCACCUGAUGAAAACUUUGCUAGAUACUUCGGUUUAACAAAAUUAGUCAUCUUAAACGAUACAGAUUCAGAUAGUUUUACAUACGAAGUGACCGACGACCACAUGUGGGCUACACUUGCGAGUCCCCUAGUUAUACUCUUUACCUACUUCUUCCUCGCGAUCGAGAGCCGCGAAUUGUUCAAGCCAAAGCCGAAGAGAAAGACCCUAACCGGCGUAGAGGCCGGGAAGGUGAACGGUUCAUUGGUGCGCGGCGUAUCUUUCCACCGCAGCCGUCGCCUCACAAGGGACAAAUGGAAGAGCGCAACUAAAAAAGUUCGAUUGAUAAGUGCGACGUCGCCGAGCCGGCGCUGGCCGAGUGUGCGCUCGCGAUCCGGCUCGCGCCAGCUGCACCAGGACUCCACGGGAUCCGUCGUUGUUCCUGAUGACGAAUCUAUCAUAGAAGAAGAAGAACCGACAUUAAUGGAUGAUGUAGUGGCAGCUAUUAUAGACUUCUUCCAAGUCUUGAUCAGAUCAUCGUACAUAGCGACGACGAUUACGAUGAUGGCUUGGAGCAUAAUGUUCCACUCAUGGCUGACGUUCGUGUUCCUGAUGUGGGCCAACAUGGUCUGGCUGUGCCACAACCAACGCUCAUUCAUGCUAAAGACCAGCCCUGUGCUCGUCUUUUACGCCAUGCUGCUGCUAAUCGCGCAGUACAUAUACGGCAUGAACUUGUACGAAAGCGAACUACCUUCUAAUAUAACGGAGGUGAACCUGCGUCAGAUCGGCGUGGGUCGGGGCGAGGGCGAGCCGUGCCUGCCGCUGCUGAUCAAGUCGCUGUUCACGUGCAUGUUCUGGGUGACGCUGCGCCAGCGCGUGCACGAGCUGCGCGUGCGCCGCCAGUCCGCCGCCACCGCGGACCUCGCCGCGCCUCUGCACCUCACCGCGUCCACUGCAGGCGCGGGUGUGGAAGGAGUGAGGGAGGAGCCGCGGUCGCGGUUGCUGCGCGCGCUGGGGGCGUGGCUGCGAGCUGCGUGCGCGCGCUACUGGAUCUACGUGGUCGUCAUCAUGCUGUUUGUCAUCGGUGUCACCGGAGACCGCAUGACCAUCUUCCGCAUCAUCUACAUGUUCCUCUUUCUCGCAUUUAUAUUGAUGUUCCAAAUAAGUUGGUACUGGUGGCGACGGCUAAUGUAUAUGUUCUGGAUAACUGUCAUCAUAUAUUCGAUGAUCAAUCUGAUACUUAUUUAUAUAUACCAGUUCGACAACUUCUCCAAGAUGAUAGAGAAAUAUCUUCUCAUCAAUGAGAGAUUACAGCACGAUUUAGGUCUGGAACCAUAUCAUCCUGCGGAUUUGUUCGUCAAAUUGUUAACGCCUACGUUGUUUCUCAUUAUAACUAUAAUGCAGGUCCAUUACUUCCAUAAAGACUUUCUGGCGCUCUCAGAUCCAAAUACGACGACAAACAGUGUCGCUACACGUAGAGAAUCUAGUCAUCCGAGUCAAGCUGGUACUUCCACGAUAAAAGAUUUUCCAGCGUUACCGUUGGAAGAAGACCACGUAGGCUCCGGGCCCAGCGGCGAAGACUCUAAGACUGACAAUAUGCGGGGCUCAAGGCGCUCUUUAUAUAGGAAGCCGUCUCGUAGCCGGUCGUAUGCGACGGAGCGCGGGUCGCGCGGGUCGCGUGGGUCGCGCAUGUCGCGAGGGUCGCGGGCCACCACGCUGCAGCCCUGGCUGCUGGCGGCGCUGCGGCGUGCGCGAGACUUGCUGCAGAGCGCCGCUGACCGCGCCUUCCUCUUCCUCGACCUGCAUCUCCUCAAGGUCAUCUUCCUCGCCCUCAUGCUGCUCUGUGUCAUGAACGUUUGUGCCAUGCAUGUGCCAAUCAUGGUGUUAAUUUCACCCGCUCUGUUAUUGAACUCACGAAAACAACGUUUCUGCGUGCUGUUGAUAUCGACCCUUAUCAGCAUAUACCUAAUGGCGAAAAUGGUGUAUCAAAUCGAAUACAUCAAGCAUUCAUAUUUUGAUGUUAACUGUACUGCAUCCGAUGGCAACAUAACAACGUAUAACAACGCGGAAUGGGUGGGCUUCUACAAGGCGACUCACGACCGCCCUCUAGUUGUGUUGCUCAAAGGAUACAUUGGACUUAUUGCAGUAUUUACCUUCUACUCGCUUGUCAGUUACAGACAGAAGAAUAUAAGAGAUCGAGGUCUUCUACCAAGUGGUGCGGAAAAAUUAAUGUUCCCAGAGAUAACGCGCAAAGAGGCUGACAAAGAUUUAAUACAUUGCAUUAAAUAUCUGGUUAACUACGGCUUCUACAAAUUUGGUGUUGAGAUCUGCCUGAUCUGCCUGAUGGGUGUGAUCGGGUCUCGCAUGGACGUGUACGCGGCGGUGUACGCGGGCUGGCUGCUGGCGCUGGUGUCGUGUGCGCGCGCUCGCCUGGCGCGCGUAUGGCCCGCCUUCACCGCCUGCCUCACCGUGCUCGUGCCGCUGCAGUAUAUGCUUUCCGUCGGCUUCCUGCCGCAGCUCUGUCUCACGUUCCCCUGGAGCGGUGAAACACAGCAAAUGAAGCACGUACGUUCCUGGCUGUACUUACCGUACCCCGCGGAGCCGCCGCACGCCGUCAAGCUGAUCUUCGAUUACUUCCUGCUGCUGUUCGCGGCACGGCAGCUACGCGUGUUCCGGCUGGAGCGCACUCACGGCGCCGCGUAUCCGGGCGGCUCCAAUAGCGAAGACAUCGGCAAGGACUGGGAGACUCCCAACUUUGUUAACCCAGUCCCGGACUUCCUGGAUUACGUCGGGUCGUGGUUGGAUGUGAUCAAGCGCAUGGUGUUCCUGGGGAUGCUGUGGGUGACGCUGGCCAUCAUGUUCAUGACAGGCACUAACCGAGUCAAUCUCUUCUCCAUGGGCUACCUUAUCGGGUCUUUUAUUUUCCUCUGGCAAGGCACAGACUUCUAUCUACGACCAAAAGAAGCUAUUUUACAAUGGUGGUCGUGGCUGGUGCGGUACAACGUGUGCGUGGUGGUGGUGAAGGCGCUGCUGCAGAUCCCGGGCUGCAUCUUCAGCGGCGCGAUGCAGGCGCGCGCCUGCUGGCUGGUGCAGCUGCUCGGCAUCGGCUGCGUCGACAAGUUCGCAGGCGGUAACAUCGCGCGCUUCAUCAAGAUGCAGUAUGACAAGGAUUCAGCGUGUUCGGUGCCACAAGAGGACAUUGGUUUAGCGUGGGAUGGCGUCUGUUUCGCCUUUCUAAUACUCCAGCGCCGUCUAUUCCACAGUUACUACUUUUAUAGAGUCAUCGAUGAAAGCAAAGCAACCACUGUACUUGCUUCCAGAGGAGCUGAAUUAAUUGAAGAAUUACGACAAAAGCAAAUGCAAGUGCAGGAGGAGCAGGAAAUCAAGAUAUUAGAGAAGAUAAAAGUAAAGAUGGAGAGAAUUAAGGCCAACCAAAAGAAGAUUCAAGGCGCAAUGUCCAAGGAGCCUCUGCAGCAUGACGCUGGAAGUGAGUCUGGUUGUACGACUAGAAGACGCAUAUUCACUAAGAGACACGAAGCACGAGACAGGCCGCCGUAUAAGCCGCCCGCCAGCCAUCAGAAGGCCGUACGCUCUGGAGACUACUACAUGUUCGAUGAGUUUGAUGACACCGAUUUGCAUUUGAAAGACGACGAUUCCAGCUCCGAUGAAGAUGCGCCUAAAGAAAUGGGAUUCGGCAAGCUGCUGUCGACGGUGAUCAAGUCGGACCUGCGGCGCGCGGUGUCGGCUCGCCGCUCCUCCGCGCCCGCCGCGCGCACCGACAGGCACUUCUCUCUCGGCACCUACCCGCACUCCGACCCACAUCAGCUUCGUACGCGGUCGCCGUCGGGCGCGGACGUGUCGGAGCGCGAUGGAGAGCUCUCCGACCGAGAUCGCCAGCCUUCCGAAAUUGAUGACUACGGAGCGAUGCCAGAGAAGGAAUCGUCGCUAGAGAAGCUGUACACGUACAUGCGGACAGCGUGGGCGUUCAUCUCCAGCCUACUAGUCUCGCUGACGAGGCACCUCAUGAAAUACUCCCGUGACUACCGUUACGUCUCUAGAACCCUGUCUGUUGAGAAGAAAAUACUUAAGGAAAAGGAAGGCUUUGGUAUCGGACUGCGCGAAGGAUCACAAAUGAUAUGGGAGCCGUUGCCGGAAACUUUAGCACACCAUAUGCCAGGGGAGAGGGAACAUUCCGACCAACGUCUGCAGGUGCCCUCUGUCGAGAUGGGCAAAGACGUGACUACGUUGGAAGAGCAAGAUGACUCGAUGUUCAAGCAGGACAAGUCCCCGAUUCUACACCUCGCAUACGCGCUGUGGUACGCCGUACUCGCCCACACAGACAUCGUUUGUUAUAUCAUGGUUUUUAUUAAUCAGAUUCAAUCUGCGACGAUCCUUUCUAUACCGUUGCCGCUCAUGGUGUUCUUGUGGGGCACUGUUACUAUACCACGACCGACUAAAACAUUCUGGGUCACAUUGAUUGCUUAUACGGAGGUUAUCGUGCUGAUAAAGAGUAUGUUCCAAUUUGAAAUACUACCUUGGAACCAGAAGGCGAUCCCGGCCAAUAUGCCCUUCACGGCGCCCCGUAUUAUUGGAAUUGAGAGGAAAUAUAACUACGCCCUCUACGAUCUGUUGCUACUGCUCAUCAUAUUCUUGCAUAGGUUCAUGCUGAAGUCGCUGGGUCUGUGGAAGGAGUCGUCGCCGGAGCUGGAGCUGCGCGAGGACGCUGAGUACGAGCUGUCGGUGGACGACACGCGCCUCGUGGUGGAGGGGCGCGGUGCGGACGUCGGCCGAAAGUACCUGCGUCUGCACGACCGCACCGCACCGCAAGUGGAGGGUAACACGGAGGCGGGAGGUCAGGCGAGCAGCCUGGCCAUCACCGCGGUGCCGGAGCUUGACGAGCGGCAGGAAGACGAGCCGGGACCCUCCAAGCCUCCCGACGACGAUCACUACAAAGUAAACGACGAUCAAGAGCCGAUAAUCGCUGUGACGACGACAUUAGAAGAUACGUACAAACAUUAUCCACAAGUAUUGUUGUUGUCUUUCAAACGCUAUUUACGACCAACACAGCGCUUCUUCAAGCGUAUGCUGGCUCCGGGCGCGCGCGUCACCGCAGAUGUGUACGCGUACAUGUUCCUAUGCGACUUCCUAAACUUCCUUGUUGUCAUCUUCGGGUUUGCCGCAUUCGGGACUCACCAGGGCGACGGCGGCGUGCAGGCGUACUUGGAAGAGAACAAGGUGCCGAUUCCAUUCCUUGUGAUGCUGAUCCUGCAGUUCGCGCUCAUCGUCAUCGACCGCGCUCUCUACCUGCGCAAGUUCAUGCUCGGCAAGAUCCUGUUCCAGUACGCACUCAUCAUCGGCGUGCACAUCUGGAUGUUCUUUGUUUUACCAUUCAUCACUGAAAGGACGUUCAACGCGCUGCUGCCGCCGCCGAUGUGGUACAUGGUGAAGUGCGUGUACCUGCUGCUCUCCGCGUACCAGAUCCGCUGCGGCUAUCCGCGCCGCAUCAUUGGCAACUUCCUCUGCAAGUCCUACCACUUCCUCAACAUGAUCUUCUUCAGGGGAUUCAUGGCUGUGCCCUUCGUGUUUGAGUUGCGCACGCUCAUGGACUGGAUCUGGACGGACACCUCCAUGACGCUGCUCGACUGGCUCAAAAUGGAGGAUAUAUUCGCCAGCGUAUUUCUCCUCAAGUGUUCGCGAUACGUGGAAGAUGAGUUCCCGCAGCCGCGUGGCGUCAAGAAAUCGAGCACCUCCAAGUACCUACUGGGCGGUGGUGUACUCGCCUUCGUCAUCGCCAUCAUAUGGUUCCCGCUUGUCUUCUUCGCAUUCGGCAACUCCGUCGGUCAACCAAACCCGCCCACUGACGUGACGGUCAAGAUUCGCAUCGGGCCUUUCCUGCCCGUCUAUCAGAUGUCGGCGCAGUCACACAACAUCGAUAUCUAUUCUGAACAAGACUACACGCAGCUAAGCAACCUGUACGCGCGCGACCGCACCGCGCAGACCUUCCUCUCCAACUAUAUGUACAACGACGUGGCCGUCAUCACCAUCAAUCCCAACUCCACCAUGAAGUGGGAGAUCUCGCCGCCGGAGCUCGCGCGACUCGAGCGCGAGGCUGCCUCUAACGCGUCGCUGACGGUGAAGUUCACGUACGUGAUAACGCACCCGAGCAACAACGCGCAGAACCCGCCCACGAUGGAGGACAGCCGCGAGGUGUCGCUGCCGGCACUGGUGGCCGGCCGACCCAACCCUGAGCGCGACACCCUGCUGCAGCUGCUCACUGGCACCUCGCCUCCAGACACCUGGUUACACGUAAAGACGCUGUUCCCGAAGUUCGUAAAAGUAUUCAACAAAGGCGCGGCGAAGCCAGCGUACCAGCUAAUGCCACCCACCACUGAUGACGACGAGAACGCGCGGCUGUACCGCAACGUGGAGCUGCGACUGGAGCGCGACGGCGGCGCAAUGUACUGGCGUGUACGAGAAGCCUGCGAGUCCAGGGACCCGAUGGCAUCAAUACCAAUGAAUAAUUGCGACAUGCUAGUCAUGUACACUUUCAACGACAAGCUGUUCCCCGAGACGCUCAACUUCAUCUCCGCCGGCGGUAUAAUCGGACUGUACACGACGUUCGUGUUCCUGGCGUCGCGCGUGUUGCGUGGCUUCUUCUCCGGCAUCUACACCAAGAUCAUGUUCGACGAUCUGCCCAACGUGGACCGCGUGCUGCAGCUCUGUCUCGACAUAUACCUUGUGCGUGAAGCGCUUGAAUUGGCGCUAGAAGAAGAUUUGUUCGCUAAACUUGUGUUCCUGUACCGCUCGCCCGAGACCAUGAUAAAAUGGACGCGGCCCAAGGAGGAGCCCGACGAGCAGAGAGCUUUACCCGCCUCGCGCUGAGCGUCACUUUUGUAACAAUGCAAAACAAACAAAUAGUCGAGUAAUGAUGACCGUCGAUGAACCAUUUUCCUGCCAUCCAUUCGAAAAUACAUUAUUAUAUUAAGACUACGAAGUAUUGGAAGUUAUUGCACUUUCUUAUGGAUCGUUUUGGAUAGAUACGUAAGUUGUACAGUAAGGGAUAGUUAGGUUACUUAAGAGUAAUAGCGGUGCUUUAAAGUUCCAGCCUCUUUAUAAAUUAUUGUGGGCAAAUCAAUUAUAGUAUAUAAAAAUCAUGCACAUACAAUCAUUUCUAUGUCAUUAUCGGCGCUCUUCUCUCCGCGAUGCAUUAUUUAUUAUUAGUACUUAAUUGUUUAUUUUUAAUAUUUUUAUAAUUUAUGUGAACUUUUUAUAUGCUCUCUUAGGUAAUUUUAAAUUAAAAUUACUAUAGAAAUAUCCAUAUAAAUGACUGUAACAGCUUGUUAAAUGGACUGAGUGGCAUUUUUUAUCUUUUAUACUAAGUGCUUAGUCAAUUAUUAGUAACUCACAUUUAAAAUAAUGCAAAUUAUUUCUAGUUUUUAUCAAGUUAAGUCAUCCGGUAUUUAUAAAAGCCUCGUUAAAGUAUGUAAAUCAAUGAAGUACAUAUUAAAUUAUCUAUUUUAAGAUAAUAGUAUAUUUUGAUGAAUGCUUGUUUAUGCAAGUAAGAAACUUUCGCCUUAUACCAAGCGGAGAUUUCAUAGUUUUAAGGUAAUCGUUAUUUUUUCAUAAAGUUUGAUUACCAUAAGGUGCAAUUUUAUUUCCAGAUUAUAUUAAAUUUUAAAUAUAUUUUAUUCACGUUAUCAUAUAAAUGUCCUAUUUAUUGUAACUGUUGUUCUGCUUUUUAAAUCUAUUUACCUCAAUUUUAUGCAGAAUUAUGAAUGCCUCUUGCCAUACACACAUUCACUCAAAGUAAAUAUUGAAAUAUGAAUUUUUAAAAAACAUUAAAGUUGUAACUUUAAAAAAAACACCAAACUUCCAAAGGUUUUCAUAACAAUUAUUAGCAUUUAUAACAUGUUACAAUUAUACUGUAAAUUAAAAAUGAUGUGAAUGAAGUAAUCAAUUGAUUUGACAAAUGAGGCAUUCAAUAUCUGCAGUUUAUAU